AUAUUAAUUUUCCCUUCUUCUCUUUUCAAUUUAAUGGCCAUAAGACAAUUCCAAUUGAACUUCUCGCGCGAUAGAUUGGUCUUUCUCUUUCGAACAUCUCAAUCUCAUUCCUUCUUUUACUUUUCUAAUAAUUUUAUUUUUAAUAAUAAAAAAUUCCCCAAAUCUCUUCUCUCUUUUCCCUCUUCUUUCUUCCUCCGCCGCUUAGUCGCGUCCGCCACCACAACAACUCCACCACCGCCCUACCACCAUCGCCGCCGUCCUCGCCUUCCUCCUCCGGUCUUCAUGUCUCAGAAGUUUGGAAAAGCCACUCGCCGCCCUGGCGCUACCUCCAAGGCUAGGGUUUAUUCUGACAUCAACGUUGUUCGCCCUAAGGAAUAUUGGGACUACGAAACCCUCACCGUUCAGUGGGGGGAGCAGGAUGAUUAUGAGGUGGUGAGGAAGGUGGGUAGGGGGAAAUACAGUGAGGUGUUUGAAGGUGUUCAUUGUACUGAUAAUGAAAAAUGUGUUAUUAAGAUUCUCAAACCUGUCAAGAAGAAGAAGAUCAAGAGGGAGAUCAAAAUAUUACAGAAUCUUUGUGGAGGGCCCAAUAUUGUGAAGUUGCUUGACAUUGUUAGAGACCAGCAGUCCAAGACCCCUAGUCUCAUAUUUGAAUAUGUCAACAACACUGACUUUAAAGUACUCUAUCCUACACUGUCAGACUAUGAUAUACGAUAUUAUAUCUAUGAACUUCUAAAGGCAUUGGAUUAUUGCCAUUCACAAGGAAUCAUGCAUCGAGAUGUAAAGCCCCAUAAUGUAAUGAUUGACCAUUCGCAGCGUAAGCUUCGUCUUAUAGAUUGGGGGCUUGCAGAGUUCUAUCACCCUGGGAAAGAAUAUAAUGUCCGUGUGGCUUCAAGAUAUUUCAAAGGUCCGGAGCUUCUUGUUGAUCUUCAAGACUAUGAUUACUCUCUAGAUUUGUGGAGUCUUGGUUGUAUGUUUGCCGGGAUGAUAUUCCGGAAGGAGCCCUUCUUUUAUGGACACGAUAACUAUGAUCAACUGGUCAAGAUAGCCAGGGUGCUCGGUACGGAUGAAUUAAAUACAUAUUUGAAUAAGUAUCGCAUUGAGUUGGACCCGCAUUUUGCAGCACUUAUUGGGAGGCAUAGCCGGAAGCCAUGGCAAAGGUUCAUUAAUGUUGAAAAUCAACACUUGGCUGUUCCUGAGGCUGUUGACUUUGUUGACAAGUUACUGCGAUACGAUCAUCAAGAGCGGCCCACUGCAAAAGAAGCAAUGGCCCAUCCAUACUUCAAUCCAAUUAGAAAUGCUGAAAGUAGCCGAGCACGUGCACAUUGAGUUGCUGAUGCUUGUUGUGAUAUAUGGUGUUCGCUCUUGAUUGGGGGGCUUUUUUUGAUGUCUGAAUUUGUUUUUAUGGUGGAACUUGCUCAUUCGAGAUUCUGCCCCCCUCUGUUGUAAAAUUCAAUUUGAUUAGUUUUUGCCCACUUUGCCUUUGGGUUUCUGAUUUUGUUUAUUCAACAAUUUGAUUUGAUUUGAUUGUGUGCUCUACAUUUGCAAGUGAAAUCUUGAUUCAAUUUGGAUUUG